UUUCUCAGUAAGAGAUUUUUAUUUUAAUAUUAUGUUAUCCUUUUCUUUCAAGUUAUUGUUAUAUACAUCAUGGCGAGUCAUACCAGUUGUCGCUCGCAUAAAAGGAAACAUCACACUAGAAGAGUACACGCCUCGUAUGCAAACGGAAUGGGAUAUUCUUGUGGGAAAGAGAUCGGCAGAUACGGAGUCGUGUCAGCAAGAAAAAGGAAAAAAGAGGGUACCAUCAGGCUGGAAAAAGGCAGAGGAGCAGCAGUACAGAGUAGUAGGAGUAACAAUAAUAAUAAUAAUAAUAAAUAUUAUUAUUAAUUAUAUUGACGGCAGUCAUACCAACGUAAGUUGGGUUCAUGAUCAUGGCUUGAAAAGGAUCCGAUCCGUCCGCGAGUUCCCAAAUCCAAGGAUCCAUUAGCUUACCUCUUGCCUGGUCGAAAUCCCUGUUCGCCCUUAACUUCGCUCCUGUCGAUACGGAGAUGGUGAACACAGGUGAAAAAGGAAAAGAGGGAAGGAAAAAAAAGGAAAAAAAGAAA